AUGCAGCGGUCAGCGGCUGGUGACAGGGGCACAGCCAUUCCCUCACUGUAUCCAUCCCGGACCAGCCUCGCUGCUGACUUGUGCUACACACACCGUGUCAUUGAGGAUCCCAAGUGGUCCCUUGUCACCGUCCCCCACCUCACUGAGCUCUGCCUCCAGCACAUCGUUCACAAUUUUGAAAAGAACCCUAUUUUGGACCGUCUUCUGCCUGAGCACCUAAGGAAGGUGCUGGACAGGCUCUCCACCAGCCUUCCUCUUGCUGUGACUGCCAACCUAAUAAGCGAUGAGGAUUACUGGAAGAGGUGCUGCACGGAGCGCUGGCAAGUGUGUGCCAUCGCCAACCAUGGAGGCAGCUGGAAACGGAUGUUCUUUGAACGUCACCUGGAGAACGUCCUGAAACGCUUCAUCCCUAACAUCACGGACCCCAACCAGGUCCUAGAGCUCAUCCCGCUCUGCAAAGACUAUGUGCAGAAACUGGAGGUGGAUCAGUUCCUGCCACCGGUGAAGGUGGAUCAAAAGGAGAAGAGGGAUGACAUCUUUAAUAGGGGGAGUGAUUUGGGGUUCAGUGAGGUCUCUGUGCAUCACUACGACCUGGGAGUCCUCAUUACAGCUCUCCCUCACCUCAAAGAGCUCCAUCUCACUUAUGGCGUGAAGGACUGCGGCAUGAACUUCGAGCGGAACCUCUUUAACAUCACCUACCAGGACUGCUGCAACCUGGCUGUCGCUGUGAAGAUGUGCCACAGCUUGAAGGUUUUCAAGCUGACGCGCAGCAAAGUGGAUGAUGACAAGACCAGACUGCUGGUCCGUAACUUGCUGGAUCACCCCAGCUUGGUGGAGCUGAACUUGUCCCACAAUCUCAUCAGGGACAAGGGGGCACGAGCUGUUGGCAAGCUGCUCAACCACAGCAGGCUAGAAAUCCUCGACCUGUGUAACAACCACAUCUCUCACCGAGGGGCUGAGGCUCUUGCUCAAGCUCUGGCCGAGAACUCCACCCUGACCUCCCUGAAUCUGCACCACAACUACGUGGAGGACGGCGGUGGGGAGGCGAUCGGCCGUGCCCUGCUGACCAACACCACCCUGAAGUCCAUCCACCUGGGAAGUAACAACCUGGCGGAAUCCACUGCUGCGCUUUUCUCCUGGGUCCUGGCUCAGAACAUCACCCUGACGAGCAUCAACUUCUCAUGCAACCACCUGGGGCGGAUUGGUGGCAAGCAGCUCCUUGGUGGGCUGGUGGAUAACAAGGCUUUGACCGAGUUCGACCUCCGCCUGACAGAGGUGGGCCAGGAGACCGAGUACCUCAUCCACCAAAUCGUGUGGGCCAACCGGGAAGCGGCAAGGCUGGGGUCUCUGCAGCACCCCCCUACCCAAACCCUUUGA